AUUAAAAAAAAGUUAUAUAUUCUGAAUCGGGAGGAUGGAGAAAAGUAAACUGCUUUUUUUGUUAUUGAAAUAAUUUCUCCCCCCCCCAACUUUCAAUCUUCAAUAUCUCUUAAUUAAUAUUCUUAGAUGUAAAGUCCCCUGUUUUUACGGGACCUACGAGGGUCCGACUAACGUUUAUGUUUAUAAAUCGAUCUGUGGACACCGUUGUUUGAAAUGGCUUGUAUUGAGCGAUAGCUCUGGUUCCCAUGGACACAGUAGUAUAUGUAUAUAUAUAUAUAUAUAUAUGUGUGUGUGUGACGUAGGCUGUGAAACCUGACACCACUUGAAGCUGGGACCGCCCUCCUACCAUUUCAUUCGCUCUUCCGAAUGUCCGUCAACUCCUGGCUGAACCCUAGGUCACACCCUAGGUCACAGCCACUGACAAAACACAUGCGUGCAAUUCUUACAUCGUAUCUAACAGGAGAGAGUGGGUUCAGCACUGUAGCACAUUCAGAGAUCAAUUUAUAGCCAUUAAUCUAAAGUAACGAAUAGAUUUAAAAAAUAAUAAUAAUAAAAAAACAAAAACACUUUCUGUUCAUCAUAGACGGACACAAUUAAUAUGAGAGGAAAGGCGAGUUCCUAACGAGCUCAGGAAGCCAAGCUCUGUGAGACUCUUCAAAGUGAUGGGGGGGGCAGACGUUUUGAUCAAGAGAGACCUUUUUCAAAAUAUGCAAAUGUUCUCUAAAACUACACGUACAAAUAUGUAUUUUACAGUUAUAAGGAAGGUGACGUCCUUAUAGUUAGUUGUUUUAUCAUUUCAUUAAACUAUAAUUAGAAAGCAUAUUCAAGCCUUAUUCAUACAGUUUAAUUGAAUAGGAAAUACAUCAUAUCAAUUGUUUAAAAUGUUCAUAUUUUUUUAUAAUAUUUAUACUGUGUACUUGAGCUUGUGUCCUCAGAAGUAACUAUACCUCAGCAAUUUAUAGCUAUUUUUAUUUAUUUUUUACCAGAAAGAUGAUAUUUUAACCUUUUUUGGAGUAUGCAGCGUUACUAGUUAUUGUUUAUGGUCCUCAUGAUAAACAAUUACUUUUGGCGAUUGUGUAGAUUACAAUUUUGAUGACAUUUUAACCGGUUUAAACAAAGCGUGCCAUGACUAUGAAAAUGAUCUAUUCUGGAUCUUGGCAGGAUGGAAAACAAACCACUGCUUUCUUGUUCAAAUGUUUAUUUGUUUUCUUCUUUCGGUUUUCAAAUCUUUAACAGCCCUUAUUAAACAAAAGUGUACCAUCACCAUAAAUUAUAUAUUCUGGAGGAAAAAAAUACACACACAAUUUUCUUUUCUUCUUCUCCCUCUUCCCACUGAUUCAGAAUAUAUAGUUUUCAGAGUCAUGGAAGGCUGUGUUUUUAAAAGCUGCUGAAGUAUGAAAACUGGAAGAGAAUAUGGGACGAUAUUAUGUUCACAUAUGGAACCAUGCUCAUAGUACAUCAUUUGCAGGAAUUAUGGAUAUUUUGAUAUGUUUUCUGUAGCUAUUUGAAUUGUCAAAUGAAUGCCCCAAUAACAAUACCUAUUUGUGUACAGCGUUAUUGUAUAGCUUAAUAAAUUCUUAACCAUGAGCAUGGUUCUGCAGUCCCACCGUUUUCCUUUGCCUACCUAACCAUAUAACUAGCUAAUGUUGUGUUUUUUUUUUUUUUCCUUUCUAAAGUCAAGCUCGUCUUCACUGCUCUUCAUCCAUCGUUUGUCAGACUUGCCAAUGCCAUGCUCUUCACAUGUUUGAUCUAAUGGUUCUGGCGUUUAUUCUCAUUCAACAUUUUAGAUGCUUAACGGUCACAUAUAAUAAAAGGAUUUGUAAGAAACAAGGAAAUACACACGUAGGAGCGAUCAAGCAUGGACCGUAUAAUGAAGGAGCAUGGUAUCAAGUUUCAGAGUGUCAGAGCUACAAGUGUUACUGGGCUUCGCUGGGCGAAACAAGAGUGGUCCCAAGCAUGAGCUCCUUCUGAGGGUCUUGCACCUCCUGAAGAACGCCUCCUGCAGUCCAGCCGUCCAGAUCAAAAUCAAGGAACUUUAUCGACGCCGCUAUCCCAGGACGAUAGACACUUGUCUUACCGACUUGGCUGCAAUUAAGUCUGCGUUCUCCACGGCAGCGGAAGGCGGCGGCGGCGGUGUUACCGUGGUAACCUCUGACGUCAGUGACCUGUCCCCUGACGGCGCCGGUGUCUCCCGGGACUCUGACCUGGCGUCCGAUUCGCUGCUCCUCUCUGGUGAUUCGCUGCUGCUCUCUGGUGAUUCUCUUCUGGUCCUCUCUGGUGAUUCGCUGCUGCUCCACGAGGAGACCAAUAAGGAGCUGAGGAUGAACCUCCAGCAGCCCGCCCCUCUCAUCCCUCCGGUCCAUCCAGACGUCCAAAUGAAGUCUCUGCCGUUCUACGACGUGUUAGACAUCCUGGUCAAACCCUCCAGCCUGGGUCAGUGUCUCUCUGGAGCAAGCACUGUUCAGAGAUACCACCAAGAGAAAUACUUCAUCUUCGCCUUGACGCCUCAACAAGUCAGGGAGGUGUGCAUUUCAAGGGAUUUCCUACCAGGUGGCAGGAGAGACUACAUGGUUCAGAUACAACUGAGGUUCUGUCUGUCAGAAACAAGUUGUCCCCAAGAAGACAACUACCCCAACAGUCUCUGCAUUAAAGUUAAUGGGAAGCUGUUCCCCUUGCCGGGUUAUGCCCCGCCCCCUAAAAAUGGAGUGGAACAGAAGAGACCGGGAAGACCUCUAAAUAUCACCUCAUUGGUCAGAUUGUCCUCUGCCGUACCCAAUCAGAUCUCUGUAACGUGGGCAGCCGAAAUCGGAAAGACGUACUCCAUGUCGGUGUACCUGGUGAGACAGCUCACCUCACCUCUACUGCUGCAGAGGCUCAGGAUGAAGGGCAUUAGAAACCCAGACCACUCCAGAGCGCUGAUAAAAGAGAAGCUGACAGCAGACCCUGAUAGUGAGAUUGCCACAACCAGCCUGAGGGUGUCACUCAUGUGCCCUCUUGGUAAAAUGCGUCUGACUGUGCCCUGUCGAGCUGUCACCUGUUCCCACCUGCAGUGUUUCGACGCAGCCCUCUACCUGCAGAUGAAUGAGAAGAAACCCACAUGGGUCUGUCCUGUCUGUGACAAGAAGGCCCCCUACGAGAGCCUGAUCAUCGACGGGUUGUUCAUGGAGAUUCUGAACGACUGCUCUGAUGUGGAUGAGAUCAAGUUCCAGGAGGACGGGACCUGGUGCCCCAUGAGACCAAAGAAAGAGGCCCUCAGUGUGUCCUCAACCUGUAUCCCAAAAAUAGAACCGCGUCUAUGUGCCGUGGUCCCCUCCCACAGCGAGCUCAGCUCAACCAAUAAGAAGGCAGACGUGAUCGACCUGACCCUGGAGAGCUCGUCAUCAUCGUCGGAGGAGGAAGAGGAGCCUGAUCCGCCACUGAAGAAGAGAUGCCUCUACAUGUCCAAGACAGAGGAGGUGCACACCAAGGGAGUGUUGACGUAUCAGCCAUCGACGGUGCGCCUCCCAAAUGUACAGGCCCUGGACACGCCAUACCUGAUGUCUUCACUCGCAGACUAUACAGUCCCAUUCCACCACUCCACCCUGUCCACCAUCCCUACAGACAUGCAGAGUCUGGAUCUGUUCUCGCUGAUCCAAGGUGACCCGCAGCAUUACAGAGCUCCCAUGUUCCUGGAUAACCUGACCAGCAGCCUGCAGGGCGCCACCACCAGCGCCGGCCUGGUGUCCUCUUCUAGCCAAUACGAGCCCAGCUCCCAUCACACCACCACCUCUUCAUCCUCCCAUGAGACUGGGGUUAUCACUGGAGGAGGAGGGUCCAACAUCAUCUCAGACAUCAUCUCAUUGGACUGAUCUUCUGGUUCCCUGAGAGCUCAUUGGACUGAUCUUCUGGUUCCCUGAGAGCUCAUUGGACUGAUCUUCUGGUUCCCUGAGAGCUCAUUGGACUGAUCUUCUGGUUCCCUGAGAGCUCAUUGGACUGAUCUUCUGGUUCCCUGAGAGCUCAUUGGACUGAUCUUCUGGUUCCCUGAGAGCUCAUUGGACUGAUCUUCUGGUUCCCUGAGAGCUCAUUGGACUGAUCUUCUGGUUCCCUGAGAGCUCAUUGGACUGAUCUUCUGGUUCCCUGAGAGCUCAUUGGACUGAUCUUCUGGUCCCUGAAAAGCUCAUUGGACUGAUCUUCUGGUUCCCUGAGAGCUCAUUGGACUGAUCUUCUGGUCCCUGAAAAGCUCAUUGGACUGAUCUUCUGGUUCCCUGAGAGCUCAUUGGACUGAUCUUCUGGUUCCCUGAGAGCUCAUUGGACUGAUCUUCUGGUUCCCUGAGAGCUCAUUGGACUGAUCUUCUGGUCCCUGAGAGCUCAUUGGACUGAUCUUCUGGUCCCUGAGAGCUCAUUGGACUAAGCCUCCUAUUAGACACAAGCCUGAAAAUGUGCUUGUAUGAAAUGACGUUUACAGUUUGGAUCCCAAAAUGUGGUGAUUUAAAAACGAAUGAAGAAAGUUGUGGAAGACAUUUUUAAACGAUAGAUUUUAAACGUGUUCAUGCUUUUUCUCCGACGACGGGGGUUUCAGAACUGUUCCAUGAAGGACUCCGGUAGUAUACACAUGACCUUCCUCGAGGUAAGGUGGCUAUCAAGGAGAGGAGGAAACUCUUCCGUUCACCUACAAACAAAUUUACAUCUCCUUGACCACUCAUCGGUUUCCGGAUCACAGAGGAGAGAGGACGGAUUCCCCCCUCCCCCAAAAAAUAGUCAAAAGCCUAUUUUGACUGAGUUGGCCCCCCCACCCCCCACACACAUUCUGACCUGUGGAAGAGAAGGGGAUUUUACCCAGUCUGUUCUUCACAUGAUGUGGAAGUUUUUUAUUUUUAUUGGAUGAGUAGACAUGGAAGCAUUCCGCAGGAAGUGGAACAAUGCGGGGGGGGGGGGGGGUUCCCCUUCAGUCACAGCAAUAAUACAGAAUCUUACAGAUCGACUGACUCAGUACACGGUUGAGAGUGUAUCUAAAACAUGGCUCCAUUAGAAAUUAGAUAUUUGGGGGGAGGGGGGGGGGAGAUCCAUGAAUUGGAGGUACCAUUUUGUUUUUUUGUACAAAUGAUAAAAAAUGAUACAAACUAGAGCGUUGAGUGUUUACAAAAUGCCAUAUUUCUCAGCAUUUUGGAAAUCUGUUUUGUAUUUGAGUUUGACCUUGUUGUGUAUGUACCGUCUAAUUCUUUUCGCCGUCUUGGCCGCCUUUUGUUCUGUGUGUAAAAUUGUAUACGAGUUAAUGUCCUCAAAUGGUUUCCGUCCCACGAGUCCCAACUUUUGAACAUUUUAAGUUUGUUGGUUUUGAAGGUUAAGUAGGAUAUUUUAACACCAUUACAUAGCUACAUGUUCACAGAACCAAAUGUAAUGCGAAGUUGUCAAUUGAGCCUUUGUUGAACGUUGCAAAAAGCAAUCAGGGCCUGAAAUAGUGUAUUUUAUUUAAUGUACAAAACUCUAUAGAUAAAUUAGCUAAGGCAAUUAGUGCUGCUGUUUUUAAAGUGUAGAAUGAUUAUGUUGGCCCACAACCUUGUAUGAGUUGUUUAGGGAAAGGGGACCUACCCACUAAAACGUUAGGAUUUCAUUAGAUUAAGUUAGGUUAAUGUUUUAAAAUGGAACCCAAAGUAUUUUCCAAACUUAAAUUUAAGGGAAUAGAUAUUUAAUAUUUUAUUGUAGUUAAAGGAUGCUCCUCUUGUUUCUCUAUGGGUAAAAGAUGCUCUUGUUUCUCUAUGGGUAAAAGAUGCUCUUGUUUCUCUAUGGGUAAAAGAUGCUCUUGUUUCUCUAUGGGUAAAAGAUGCUCUUGUUUCUCUAUGGGUAAAAGAUGCUCUUGUUUCUCUAUGGGUAAAAGAUGCUCUUGUUUCUCUAUGGGUAAAAGAUGCUCUUGUUUCUCUAUGGGUAAAAGAUGCUCUUGUUUCUCUAUGGGUAAAAGAUGCUCUUGUUUCUCUAUGGAUAAAAGAUGCUCUUGUUUCUCUAUGGGUAAAAGAUGCUCUUGUUUCGCUAUGGGUAAAGGAUGCUCCUCUUGUUUCGCUAUGGGUAAAGGAUGCUCCUCUUGUUUCGCUAUGGGUAAAGGAUGCUCCUCUUGUUUCUCUAUGGGUAAAGGAUGCUCCUCUUGUUUCGCUAUGGGUAAAGGAUGCUCCUCUUGUUUCGCUAUGGGUAUAGGAUGCUCCUCUUGUUUCUCUAUGGGUAAAGGAUGCUCCUCUUGUUUCUCUAUGGGUAUAGGAUGCUCCUCUUGUUUCUCUAUGGGUAAAGGAUGCUCCUCUUGUUUCGCUAUGGGUAAAGGAUGCUCCUCUUGUUUCGCUAUGGGUAAAGGAUGCUCCUCUUGUUUCGCUAUGGGUAUAGGAUGCUCCUCUUGUUUUGCUAUGGGUAUAGGAUGCUCCUCUUGUUUUGCUAUGGGUAUAGGAUGCUCCUCUUGUUUCGCUAUGGGUAUAGGAUGCUCCUCUUGUUUCGCUAUGGGUAAAGGAUGCUCCUCUUGUUUCGCUGUGGGUAAAAUAUGCUCUUAUUUCGCUAUGCCAUCGUGAUGCAAACAGACAAACAACAAGGUGCUCAUUUUUUAUUUGCUGUCAGAAUCUCAGACUUAAAACAAUAAAGCGGCAUCUUUUUUAAUACCUGUAUUAGUCAACUUUCCCCCCUCAUACCUUUUUUUAGUUAUAAUACAGUGCAUUGUUGUUAUUAUUGUGGUUUGGUUAUGAUUUUAUUUUUUUACAUUUCCACAUUAGGGUGCUAUGAUCAUUAAAUUGCACUAGGAAGCAGCAGUCCAAUCACAGUUGAUCACAGUUUAUCCAGGAAGUUGUCCAGGGCAGGGAUGCCUUCUUUGAGGCCUUUGCGUUUGCGGGUGUCUGCCACUACUUGCCAUGGCCGACUGGUCUCGUCGAAGGGGUCCCCGGGCAGGAUCUGCCAGUGGUCGAACACACACUGGGGGAAGGCCUGGCCACCUGUGUUGGACCUCAGGUCCGCUGUGAAACCUAACGACAUCGGGAAAUAAAAAUACAUAUUCAUGAACAA